UAUUUAGGAUUUUGGUGGUAAAGAAAAUUAUUCACCGGACCGAAUUUUGCAAUUUAUUAUGCAAGAAAGUCGUAGUCAACAAAUAUACCAGCGAGAUAAUUUUUUAAAUGUAUUUACCUCAUUAAAGCGAUUCUGUUCAAAUGUUGAUUGAAAGUGCGGUAGCCACGAGAACAGUAUUUCCACCUAGAAAACUAUGGCAACGCUAGAAAAUCGACAAAUUUCCUCGCUUUCCACGGCUGCGCCCUCCUUUAUUCCCGAAAGAGAAUUCGGUCAAAUGAGAUGAGAGAAAAUGCCACCCUACUAGGGGAAAAAAAUAGUGUUAAGUUUUAUCACGCUGAUAGAGGAAACAGCAUGAAUGAAGGGUAAAUCUGCUAAUUUUCCGAUUACCAUCACUUUGCUGAUGUUAUCUUUCAUUCCGUGGCCGGGACCAACAGUCUUUAAAAUAUCCUGCCCCAGAGACAAUGCGAGGAUUGUAAGGAAAGUUAUUCAAACCAAGUGGAUUCCAGUAUUGGACAAGCAUAAGGUAAAAUUGCCUCUGGAGUGCCCCUUUCACCCAAAUAGAGACAUUUUCGGACCACAAGAAUCGUUAAAGAAACAGCACCGUCCAUCGCAAUGGACUUGCGGAAUAUGCGGAAAGUCCUUUUUCGAGGAAAAGUUCUUGGAUAUUCACUUUGAUAACCGACACAAGGGCAAUAUCAACAUGGCAGAAGACGCAGUAUGUUUGGCCGAUUACUGUGACAUAAUGAGAUGCGAUGUGAUCAACAUUAUGGACCUGAAAACAGUGGCAUCCAAUCAUGAUAACACAGACAUUGAGAUUUGGAGGGAAGCUUCAUCGUAUUCAAAAGCACUGGUAGCUUCAGGACCUCGAGACGUGGCAAAGUAUGUAAUAAAGAACGGGAACUUUGUGCCAGUUCAAAAGGUUGACAAAGAAAAAUCUGGGAAGCGGUGCGAAAAAGCUGAUACACCUGAAACUGCAAAUAUGAAGGGUAAAAACAUGAUUUUCCUUGAAAGAUCAACAUAUAUGCUGAUGAAAUUUUCAGAUAGCAGCUCAUCGAAUGAAGGAGACGUUUUUCAGCAAAACGCAAGUUCGAAUAACGUUUGCCAAAACGAUCUUGUCGAUUCGGCUUUGCCGCCACCCGAUAACCGGCAGCAACGUCUUAACGAAAUCCAAAAACUAAAAGCCAACUGCAAACCUGAGGAACUUCAGAAAAUCAAAACCAAGUGCGAAAUCUUAGUUAGGGACUGUAUAGCGAGCCUGUUGAUUCAAUUGAGCGUCAAAGACUUUAGAGAAGUUGAAGAUGAAUUAAACAGAGCGGUGUGUUGGUACUUGACCUGCGACCGAUACUGGGAGGACUCCCAAAGCGACAUCAGAACAUUUCCUUGGGGAAUUUUGUGCAUGCUCAUCAUGGUAUUGUCUUUGGGAGCAUGUCUUUGUUAUUACGUUGUUUGGGUUUUGUUUGAUAUUUUUAGUACGGACGAUGUUAGUGUAACGAGCGCCAGUAUGACUGAUCGAUCUACACCAUCACCUGCACAUUUACUAAGGUCAGAUGUUGCUGUAGGAGUGGAUGGACAUCAUGUCUACUCCGAGGACUAUAUCGGGACGGAUAAAGACGAUUACAUCUACGUUACCUAUCCACCAGACUUAAAAAGAAGACUGUUAGAAAGCUGCUACAAUCGAACAACGCGCUUGUGAGAGUAGGAGAGGCUAGUCUAGGAAAGUCUAGAGUUAUCAGAAAUUGAAUUUGCAAGUCUGAGAUUUGUCUAGGAAUAUUUGUAGUGUAGAUAACAAAUUUAGUAACAGAUAUAUGUUGUGGUCUUCUAGGUUGAAGCUAGUGCUUAAAAAAGUGUUACUAAUAGUUUCCUAUCUCUCAAGGUUUGGAACUUCAGUGCCUACGAUACUGUCCCUUAGUAUAUGUACCACGUUUUUGAGUAACAGCGCGCAUAGCUGGGUGUUAAAAUCACUUUAAGUUCUCUACUAAAUGAGAUUUAUCGAUAACUGGCAAAACCAGGUGCAAAUACUGUUUCGACUUAACUAUUUAGAUUCAAUAGAUUGUAGAGUAGACCCAAUUCUAGAAUUUUUAUAAAAUUCUCUUUGUUAACGAUAAAAUAAAAAAUAUUGCUUUGUA